GCAGUGAAGCUAAACCGGAUCCUUCAUGAGGGAAGAGGCCAGGGACAGGCACCCAGCCCCGGCUUCUCUUCUCUUCUCUCAUAUCGUUUUGUAUUGCAAUCCUCGGGAGCCCAACUAAAGGGCUGAGUUAGUGUUCGUAGGAUGUCCCGCCAUGAAGGUGUGAGCUGCGAUGCGUGUUUAAAGGGCAACUUCAGAGGUCGGCGGUACAAGUGUUUAAUUUGCUACGACUAUGAUCUGUGCGCCUCAUGCUACGAAAGCGGAGCGACCACGACCAGACACAGCACAGAGCAUCCCAUGCAGUGUAUAUUAACUAGAGUUGACUUUGACCUGUACUAUGGUGGAGAAGCCUUCUCUGUGGAGCAGCCCCAGGCCUUCACCUGUCCUUACUGUGGCAGGAUGGGCUACACAGAGAUCUCUCUGCAGGAACACGUGGCUGCAGAGCAUACAGAGACCUCCACAGAAGUGAUAUGUCCCAUAUGUGCAGCACUGCCAGGUGGCGAUCCAAAUCACGUGACUGAUGACUUUGCUGCUCAUCUCACACUUGAACACAGAGCCACAAGAGACUUGGACGAGUCCAGUGGGGUACGGCACGUAAGGAGGAUGUUUCACCCUGGCCGCGGGUUAGGGGGGCCGCGGGCCCGCAGGUCUAACAUGCAUUUCACCAGCAGCACCACAGGGGGGCUCUCCACCAGUCAGAGUUCCUCACAGAGCGCCAACUACAGCAGAGAGACCAUGGAUCCCAUAGCAGAGCUCCUAUCUCAGUUGUCAGGGGUGCGGCGUUCAGCAGGAGGCCAGCUUAGCUCCGGACCUUCCGCCUCACAGCUCCAGCAGCUUCAGAUGCAACUCCAGUUGGAGCGCCAGCAGGCCCAGGUGGCGCGGCAGCAGCUGGAGACGGCCCGAAACGCUAGCCGAGGCGGCGGCAGAGCAAACGCAAUCCUAAACACAAAUUCAACGGCUACAAACCCCAAUCCCUCCGCCAACCACACCAACAACCCCAGCCCCCACCCAGUGCCAACUGAGCCCACCACACAGCACACUGCACACAGCUCCCAGUUUCUACUCAGCAGGCUGAGCGAACCCCGGCUGUCUGAGGUGGAGCGGCAGGCUUGCGAGGCCCAGUGGGCCGACAGGAGCCUGUUUGUCACAGAGCUGCUGCUGUCCACGCUGCUUCCAGACGAGGACGCCUCGGCCUCCUCCUCCUCCGAAGAGGAUGAUUGUCACAGCUCGUUGCGGAACUUCGCCGACUUCAAGGCCAUGGGUUGCGUCGAGGUCAUGACGUUGGAUGUGGCGUUGGAGAACCUAAACCUCAAGGAGAUGAGCCCCGCCCCAAAGAAGAUGAAACCCACGACUAAAGCGGCGUCAGCGAAGAAAGAGCCCCCUGCCCCGCCCCUUUGAUGACAUGGCCACUCCUACCCUACCCUUCAAUCACCAUUGUGACUAGCUGACUGCUCAGUCAGUCCAACUGCCAAUGGAUGACAAAAACUGCAGAUCUUCUUGGCUUUUUUUGUUUGUUUUGUUUUUGUUUUCUCAGUGAUUGUCAUUUCAGCUCUGUCGCUCCCCGGCUCCACCCCAUGUUUUACGUUGUGUACAUUGAAUAAAAGUAGUGAGACGAGAGAAUGUGGAAGCAAGCAAGCGUGUUGGGUGUGUGAGACAAAAGAGAACUAUAUAAAUAUAUUAUUAAAAAACUCUAUAUGAAAGUUGAUAAUCAGUCCCACAAAACCCGUUUCCUCUAGCAGAGAGCAUAGUUCCGCUGUUUUUAAGCGAAAACUCGUCAUACACUCACAGAGGGAGAGGAGGCCGACUGGAAUCCCUCCGCUUAAUAAAAAAGGAAAAAACAAAACGCUGCUGUGUAUUUAUAGAUGAAUUAAAGUGCUUGGAUGGUUUUCCACAACUUAAGCAUGAGCUUAAAUCACCAUGUGCCCAUUUUAAACUGCACAGUCACCGGAUGGGGAGGUCUUUCUCUUGUUUGGACACCUUAACGGCGUUAAACUGUUGGGUGCCGCUUCACAACGCACACACUCUCUCACACAGACUGUUUGGUUAACUCUUGCAUCAAAGUCUCAAGCCCCUCCCCUUCAUGUGACGCCACCUGGCUUUAUAUCUACUGUGGGCACUUUGGUUUGAAUUUGCAUAUCCAGUGUCCAUUUAUGUACACUACAGAUGUUCUGCACAGAAGCGACAGCUCUGAGGCAAAAGAAGAAGCAAUCUUUUGGUUGGGACUGUUUUUCUAAGAAGAAACAUGAGCCCUGGUCUCUCAGUCUUUUACAGGAGAUCAGAUGCUUCUUUCUCCAGCUUCCUUGUGUUCUUCAAAUUAAUCUCAUGGAUUCAAAGAUUUACUCAUGUGACUUGAAGGAGAGGAUCCUGUAUUGCUCUUU